AUGUCAGAUCAGCAAGACAGUGAAGCAGGGUUCUGUUCUAGAACAAAGUCAGAUCAGCAGACAGUGAUACAGGGUUCUGUUCUAGAACAAAGUCAGAUCAGCAGACAGUGGUUGAGGGUUCUGUUCUUGAACAAAAACAAAGUUAGAUCAGCAGACAGUGAUUCAGGCUUCUGUUCUAGAACAAAGUUAGAUCAGCAGACAUUGAUUCAGGGUUCUGUUCUAGAACAAAGUCAGAUCAGCAGACAGUUAUCCAGGAACAAAGUCAGAUCAGCAGACAGUGAUCCAGGCUUCUGUUCUAGAACAAUGUCAGAUCAGCAAGACAGUGAUUCAAGGUUCUGUUCUAGAACAAAGUCAGAUCAGCACAGAAACAAAAUCGGAUCAGCAGACAGUGAUCCAGGGUUCUGUUCUAGAACAAGGUCAGAUCAGCAAGACAGUGAUCCAGGGUUCUGUUCUAGAACAAAGUCAGAUCAGCAGACAGACAAAGUCAGAUCAGCAGACAGUGAUCCAGGGUUCUGUUCUAGAACAAAGUCAGAUCAGCAGACAAACAAAGUCAGAUCAGCAGACAGUUAUCCAGGGUUCGGUUCUAGAACAAUAACAGAUCAACAAGACAGUGAUCCAAGGAUCUGGUCUAGAACAAAGUCAGAUAAGCAGACUGUGAUCCAGGGUUCUGCUCUAGGACAAAGUCAGAUCAGCAAGACAAACAAAUUCAGAUCAGCAGACAGUAAUCCAGGGUUCUGUUCUAGAACAAAGUCAGAUCAGCAGAUAGUGAUCAAGGGUUCUGUUCUAGAACUAGUCAGAUCAGCAGACAGUGAUCCAGGGUUCUGUUCUAGGACAAAGUCAGAUCAGCAGACAGUGAUCCUGAGUUCUGUUCUAGAACAGAGUCAGAUCAGCAGACAGUGA